AGUUCGUGCGCGGUCGCCGUCCUGUGUGUUGUUCGUCCGUGUGUAGUGCGCGCGUGCCAACUCGUUUCGCGUCAGUCCGUCCGUCCGUCCCAACUCGCUGUGCGUUUCUAAUUUUUCUAGAAUCGUUUCUCGCGCCCCGUCCGUUUUCGCCGCAUAGUCGUCGAUUUGACGAGUGUAUUCGUUCGUCGAUUCGUUUAAUAUCGGUUGAGACAACCGCGAUACGUCCCUCGCCGAAACUCGGCCCUCCCCAACGCUAUCGGACGACAGCAGCAAUAAUUAUGGACGUAAAAUGAAAAUCUGUUUCGUCUAUUACCCGGGAAAAGCUACACAAGUUGUACCUUUGGUCGCGGCGACAAAGGAAGAGGAAGCAGAAGACGAGGACGAGGACGAGGACGACGAUAACGAUAACGUCAACGUCAAAGCCAUCGUCGACGACCACGACAAAACCAAUAACAACAACGACAACAACAACAAUAAGGACAACCACGACCAAACCAAUAACAACAACGACAACAAUAACAACAAGCACGACCACGACGUCGUCAUCUCCACAGAACCGGUGCCGUCCGACGACAUGAACUCGUACGAGGCGAGUUGGCAAGAGUGUCGGUUGAAGUGGUGUCUGCGAUCGCGAAGCAAAGAGCGUCACGACGGGGUCGCCGGUUGGACUGAAGACGACGAAGACGAUCAUGGCGAAAGCAGUGGCGGAAGCCGAGGCAGAACGCAGGUCGUCCGCAGGAAUCCGUCGGAAAAGCGGCAGGCGUGCAGCAGCGACAGCACGGGCAGCAGCCAAGAGGAACAGGACGCCGCGGCAUGGGCGGCCGCGUCGGCCCGUCGGCCUAAGGCCAAACCACUGAGUCGCGUGCAGAGCGUCCGCCACGACACGGCCGCACACCGAUACCGGACCCGUCAGCGGGUGGCCGCUGAGAUUCUGGACGAGCAGCGGGCCGAGGCUUCGGCGGCGGCGGCUCGCGAUCUCUGCCGGUCGUCUGCGGCCAAGAUCAAGAAGAGUCUGUCGUUCCGGAAUCCGGCACCCAAAAAGGUGGCCACCGGCGGCGACCGUCUGCUCCGGGUCGUUUCCGACGACGAUCACUUCAACAAGCACCGCCACCACCACCACCACAACAACAACAAUAACAACGACAACCGUCAACCUCGCCGCCACCACGACAAAGACGACGGUGAUGAUCAACAACAAUUAUACCACCAACAAGAACAACAAUUAUCUGUGGACGCGGGUGCGUCCUUCGUCAUCGCCGCCACUGCCACCGAAACCACCGUAUCCCCUUCGACCGCGACCGCCACUGCUGGCGACAGUGGCAGCAGCGGCCAAGACAAUUUCGCCAUUCCUAGGCCCAAACUCAUAGUUCCUGUACACACGUAUGGUCUCAGAAAGCGCAGGACCGGUAACACGAUCUCAUCGAACCGAACCGCCAGCGACGUAAACGCAGCUUCGGCUUCCAGCACCGUCGCCUCCUCUUCCGGCAGCUCGUCGACCCCCACCGCCACUGCCUCUGACACGAAAAAACAUCACAACUCGUGUCCAGAGGGCCGAGUGGAGGUGAGCAGAGAAAACAAAUACCUUAGUACUAUGACCUCCGGAAAAGUGUUCGGAGAGUUGGCUAUUUUAUACAAUUGCAAGCGUACUGCCACUAUUAAAGCUGCUACGGACUGUAAGCUAUGGGCGAUCGAACGACAAUGCUUCCAGACAAUUAUGAUGAGGACUGGUCUCAUAAGACAAACGGAAUAUACCGAUUUCCUCAAGAGCGUUCCAAUAUUCAAAGACCUGCCCGAAGAAACACUUAUAAAGAUUUCGGACGUUUUGGAAGAGACGUUCUACAAUGCUGGAGACUAUAUAAUCAGACAAGGUGCCCGGGGCGACACGUUCUUCAUAAUCAACAAAGGAAAGGUUAAAGUCACCAUAAAACAAUCGAACAACGCCGAAGACAAGUACAUCAGGACCCUGCAGAAGGGUGACUUUUUCGGCGAAAAAGCGUUACAAGGCGAUGACUUGCGUACCGCGAACAUAAUCGCGUGCGACCCCGACGGCGUGUCGUGUUUGGUCAUAGAUCGGGAGACAUUCAACCAACUGAUUGCCGGACUGGACGAGAUACGCACCAGAUACAAAGACGACGAUGUCUUGGGACGAAUGAGCUCUACAAACAAGGAGUUCCAGAACCUGAAACUUUCCGAUCUACAAGUCUUGGCCACUUUGGGCGUGGGUGGUUUCGGUCGUGUAGAGCUCGUCCAAGUAAACAACGACACAUCCAGAUCGUUUGCCCUAAAACAAAUGAAAAAGAGUCAAAUUGUCGAAACGAGACAGCAACAGCACAUCAUGUCAGAAAAAGAGAUCAUGGGAGAAGCCAACUGCGAAUUCAUUGUUAAAUUGUUCAAGACGUUCAAAGACCAAAAAUACUUGUAUAUGCUCAUGGAGUCUUGUCUUGGUGGUGAAUUGUGGACUAUACUGAGAGACAAAGGACAUUUUGAUGAUUCUACCACACGUUUCUACACCGGAUGUGUCGUUGAAGCAUUCGACUACUUACAUUCUCGCAACAUAAUCUAUAGAGAUCUGAAACCUGAAAAUCUACUUUUGGAUAUCACUGGUUAUGUGAAAUUGGUCGACUUUGGUUUUGCUAAAAAACUACAUAACGGAAGAAAAACCUGGACAUUCUGUGGAACGCCUGAAUAUGUUGCCCCUGAAGUGAUUCUCAACAGAGGUCAUGAUAUAAGUGCUGACUACUGGUCCUUAGGAGUACUUAUGUUUGAACUACUUACCGGUACACCACCAUUCACUGGAGCAGAUCCGAUGAAAACUUAUAACAUCAUUCUAAAGGGCAUAGAUGCAAUAGAAUUUCCAAGAAAUAUAACAAGAAAUGCUAGAGUCUUAAUUAAGAAAUUAUGCAGGGAUAAUCCAGCUGAACGACUAACUGAAGUACAAAAACACAAGUGGUUUGAUGGUUUCAAUUGGGAAGGACUGCGUAAUCGAACCCUCACUCCUCCUAUCUUGCCAAAGGUGCGAAGUGCUAUAGACACAAGUAAUUUUGACAAUUAUCCGCCUGACGCAGACAGCCCACCGCCAGAUGAUAAUUCAGGAUGGGAUGUAAAUUUCUGAAAUAUAAAAAACAAUGAUUAUUGUUUGUCCGUAUCAACGAUUUUAUUCUAUGGUUUCAAAUUACCCAUGUUUUACAUUCUAGUUAUGUCUUACAAAUUAAUUUAGUCUUGUUAAUUAUUCAGUGUACUACCAUAUGGAAACAAUAAGUGUUAGAUUAUUUGAUAUUAUAUUUCAAAUUUUGUUAACCAUACCAAUUAAAUUUUGUUUU